UGUUUACUUUAUUCCCCUCUGCUUUAUUUUCCUUCAUUUUUCCUCCCAAAACCUCCAUUUUAUUUGAUCUAUUUAACCUUAUUUUCUCAUCCAAUCACCUUUUAUUCUCACUACCCAUUUCUAUUCUUCGUCUUCCAAAACUUGGGUUGGUUUCAGAUCUUCGGAAUAUGCAGUAAACAUGUUGGAUCAGAGUGAAAAGGAACAGAGUUCUGAGGAUCAAAACAAGAAUUACCCAGAUUGUAUUUCACCAGAAGAAUCACCGGAUCAAGCCAUUGGCAUUGAAACAAAGAAGAAUUGUGCCGAUUGUGGUACUUCCAAGACUCCUCUUUGGAGAGGAGGCCCAGCUGGUCCCAAAUCACUAUGCAAUGCGUGUGGGAUCAGAAGCAGGAAAAAGAGGAGAGCAAUUCCGGGAUUAAACAAAGGAGAAGACAAGAGAUCAAAGAAAGGAAACAACAAAAAUUUCGGCGAUAAUUUGAAGCAAAGAUUGCUUUAUUUAGGGAGAGAAGUUCUGAUACGAAGAUCAAAGGAUGAGAAGCAAAUAAGCAAGCUGGGAGAGGAAGAACAAGCUGCAGUCCUUUUAAUGGCGCUAUCGUACGGCUCUGUUUAUGCUUAAUUUGUGGAAUAUUAUUAUAUUUUAGAACAAAAAUAAUAGUUUCUGUGAUGGGUAUCUAACAAUUUUCAAGUGUAAUCUUUGGUUAAUUUGUAGUUCUUUUUAGUGUUGACUAACUCUGUAUUGGUAAUCUGUGG